UGGUUGAGCAGUCAGCCAUUUUGAGUUAGAAGCGAGCAGACUGGAGAAAGAGAACAGCUUAAACCGGAGAGUUUUAACCAGAGGACAGAGUUAACUGCUUCUGCUUCUUCUAACCCGAGUGAAGUAUUAUUUCAGAAGAGGAGUUAUUUUCACUGUAACACAGCCGCCAUGAAUCCAGAAUAUGACUAUUUAUUCAAGCUGCUCUUGAUUGGGGACUCUGGUGUUGGAAAGUCUUGCCUUCUCCUUCGAUUUGCAGAUGACACAUACACAGAAAGCUACAUUAGCACUAUCGGUGUGGACUUCAAAAUAAGAACUAUAGAGUUAGAUGGAAAAACCAUCAAACUUCAAAUUUGGGAUACAGCAGGUCAAGAGAGGUUUCGCACAAUCACAUCAAGCUACUACAGAGGAGCACAUGGGAUUAUUGUAGUCUACGAUGUUACAGACCAGGAGUCCUUCAAUAAUGUUAAACAAUGGCUACAGGAGAUAGAUCGCUAUGCCAGUGAAAAUGUUAACAAGUUACUGGUGGGCAACAAGUGCGACCUAACAACGAAAAAAGUGGUAGACUACACAACGGCAAAGGAAUUUGCUGAUUCCCUUGGCAUCCCUUUUUUGGAAACCAGUGCUAAGAAUGCCACCAAUGUGGAGCAGGCCUUCAUGACUAUGGCUGCUGAGAUCAAGAAGCGAAUGGGACCCGGAGCCACGGCUGGAGGCAAUGAAAAACCCAACGUGAAGAUCCAGAGCACUCCGGUGAAGCCCGCGUCUGGUGGCUGUUGCUGAGGCCGCCAUGCCCUUCGACUUGAAGUGUCCAGAAUCCCAUGCUACAAGCCCCAACAAUACCAGAGAAACAGAGCUAGACCACUUAUUUCCACAGAGACGAGGGAGAAAUCAAGAGACAGGAAACAACUUAAUUGUACUGUAUGUAGCCGCACUACCAACAAAUCCAUAGAAGAAUCUGCAACCACCGUGGCCCCUCCCCUUUCACAAGUUAAACAUUCAUUCAGGUCAGAUAUUUGGUAAUGGUCUGGGGCUGCAGUGAACCACCCCCCUACACUCCCAACCCAGACAGAGUUCAUUUUUACACAAGCGUGUGUCUGCGUGCAGAUUUCUAAGAAAUGAUGCGUUUUUCCUCACUGCAUUCCUACUGCAGGUUGACUGUGGUCAGACUUUUUCUGUCCUUUUUUGUUUCUUACUUUUGUGUUGAUUAUUUUACUGUUUCUAUCGGCAUGUGUAGUUUUUCCUUCCCCAAACACAGGUAAUUUGCCAAUCUGCAUUUUAAAAAACUGCACAACAGUGGCUCUCCUAUGUCAAAAAGUCUAGUAAAGGAUAUGUACAUAUACAUUAUGUAUAUAUUUAUGUAAGAUCGAAUUGCCAGUUCUUUAGAAUUGAAUAUGUUAUCUAAGUAGUUUUACUUUGAAAUCUUAUGCAUUUAUUUUGUGGCUGCAGACUAUUGUAAUUUUUUUGCGCUACAUGUAACAUUUAACAAACAACAAAGUAAAAUAAAUAAUGUACAACCAGACUCUUAAGUAGCAGCAUUGUUUGCAGUUCUUGGUAGAACAUGUACAAACCAUUUGUGUUUUGAGUAUGUAUUCAACAACCGUAUAAAAAAUAUUGUUCAGCUAAUGUAAAACCAAUUUCAAGUUAGCCAUUACCUGUGGAUUAUCUUGCAAGUGGCACAAGUGCAAAUAAAACACUAUGCUAUCUUUUUCAUAAUAAAAAACUACUAAGUUUUGCUUGGAA